CUCCACUUUUAGUCUAUUCCUUUUUUUGGCAAUUUCCCUCUUUUUUAACGCACACCAGCCGCCCCCUCAGUCGGCAAUCCCUCAUCUCAUAGUUUCACGUCCAGUCGCCGCUGUCAACGUCUAGGAUCUCCGUCGCUGUUCACCGUCGAUUGGAGCCAGACGCCCUGCAAUUCCUUCAGCCGCCGACCACAGGAUCUACCGUGCCACUCCUCUCUGUUUCAUGCCCAGCCAGUCGGCCGCCGCCCGGCUUCCAGUGCGCCAUUUUCCACGUGCGGCUUCACAUCAGCACGCCGUCCGCCCCGCCAUCAGCAAGGAUUCGAUUCAAUUUUGGAGUGUUCAAAUUAGCUUUUGAGGCAAAGUUUAGGCCCAUUGUAUCGAGCAUUUCCCGCUUUUUGCCGUGUGCUAUAAACUGUUGUGAAGGUUUCAUGGUAAGUUAGUGCGACAUCAACGGCUAUGUUCACUAACGACCAGCGGCAAGCGGAGCGAACUGGAAAGUAUGGAACUCCAAGGCUCCAAUACCUCCAGGAAUUAGUGAAUGAAUUCCAGAGCUCAACUAGUCAAGAAACAAAAGAAAGUCUUGUUGCAAAUUUGGCAAACUUUUCUUAUGAUCCUUACAAUUAUUCCUUCUUACGCCAGCUAAAUGUUCUGGAGCUUUUUUUGGACUGCAUGACAGAGCCAAAUGAGAAGCUUAUUGAAUUUGGUAUUGGAGGGAUCUGCAAUUCUUGUGUUGACCCUGCUAAUGCUUCUAUUAUAACUCAGUGUGGUGGAAUUCCCCUCAUCAUUGAAUGCUUGUCAAGUCCUGUAAAAAACACUGUGAAUUAUGCACUGGGCGCUAUAUAUUACCUCUGCAAUGCAUCAAACAAGGAAGAGAUUAUGAAACCAGAAGUUGUAGAUGUCAUCAACAAAUACGCAGUGGCUGAGAGUGUGAGCUUUAGUAAUCUGGCUAAAGCAAUUCUGGACAAGCACCUAUCUAACAGAAACUGAAACUUGACAUCCUUGAUGGCAAAUUGGCUGAAAUCUCAUUGCUAGGUGUGGAUCACUCCAGAUCACCCAAAGAGAGUUAAUGAAAUCUCAUGGCAUUGGCUCCUCAGUGUUGUACAAUCUGUAAAAAAGUUCAUACCCAUGAGUGCAGCCAUUUGUUUAUGGUGCAGUCAGAUAUGUUUUUCGAAUGGACUUGAAAAUAAUGUAAAUAUGUCUCUUUUAAGAAGUAACGUACUCCUGGUUCUCUCUCUACCCAUUCUGAGCAUUGGAGAAAUCUUUUCUAACCAUUUUAGUGUAAUAAAUUUUACACAUAAAUUUUUUAUUUCUCACUAAAAAAA